GGAUUAAGGGUUCCCGGUAGUGGUGAGCAUACAGCUGAUUUGCAACCCGCCGACUAGGUAGCAAAGAAGAACGGAAAAUGUCGCUUGCUUCGAACAAGACCGUUCUAGGAUCAGUGGCUCUUUAUGUGAGAAACCCGGAAGCAUCUGCUGUGUAAAAAGGACGCAGACCGUUUAACGACAAGUUACUCCCUACAUGAUCCACUGAUUCAGCGACAAGAUGGAGCAGUCUACGGGAGUGGUGGGCCUGGAUGCGCAGGGCAAUAUGCUUUUCACCAUGGUGAAGCCAGUCAUGGGAAUAUUUCAGGUGUCCUCAGACCAAACGGUGACCCAGGGAGGGAUAAGUCUACAGAGUUUACCUGAAAACACCCUGGUCCUGCCUCCACAACAAGACCAGGUCCCACUGGAGACCACUCAGGUGGAGAUGCAUGCCAUACAGCCUCAUCUUCAGCCUCAAAUGCAGUUACCUGCCCCGGUACAAACUGAGGAAGCCAUCCACAGUCAGGGACUACCACAGAACUCCAAUACCACUGCAGAGUUCUCCACACAGAUGCCCUUUGCGGAAGUGUCAUCACUCCUAGAUCCCAACAUGAAAGGAUCCAAGGCUCGGAAACAUCUGAUUUCGUACAACGAGAUCAAGCGCCGCCUGCAGGCUCCGGAGAAGAUGUCCCUGCGCUCGUUGGCUGCCUACACGCGAGUCAGCCGAGGUCCAGCUAGCAAGAAGACGCUUCUGGAGUCCCUGAGUGUCCUUGGCCUCACGCCUAGCACGACAACCUCUGUUUCCUCCUCCUUCUCCAAACUCACUGAAGGUGACACCAGAGCAUUGUGCGACGACAUGAAAGAUUUCUCGCAUGAUUAUAUUGAUUAUGGCAACAUGGCGAAACAGCUCAUCCCCGACACAAACAUCGUCCAACACUGGUCCAAAAUUAUUGAGACCAAGAAUCACCUUGAGGAUAUGCGGAAAUGUUUCAAGGACCCAGCCAACAGCGGAGCCUUUGACAGCGCAACGCACGGCCUUGGUCUGGGAAUGCUUGACGUAGCACUGGACAUGAUCGUCAUGGCAAUUGAACAGCAGAUCCGAAUCCUGUCCGGUGCCGCUGCCGCGGAGCCUCCAGAGUCUGGCGCGCCAACGCGGCGCAUCGGCCGUCGACAGCGCCGCUGUCACAAGGCGUCCCUCGGCAUCAAGGAGCAAGGGAAGGCCAUCUCAAAAAGCAAAGGGCGAAGCAGAGGGAAGAAGAAGGUGCAUCAGGAAAAUACAGUCGAAGUGGAGCCUUGCAAGACAGACGACAUGCAAGGCAACGUACUAACUCUGGUGUCUGUGGGAUAUGAGACCGUUUCCACUGGUCUCGGCGGCUCCAGACCAGCUUGACACGUCACCAUGUUUCGUUUGACCAGAUUGUGCUCAGGAAGGACCAAAAAAAUUCCAGACAUGGACAUUAACGCGAUUCUAAGUAGCAAUGGGCAAAUGUCUGUUGAUGUCAAACAUUAGCCCCUUUCACACUGUCCUUUUUUAACUUUCGGCGCGUGCCAUCCUGACGCAAACCCAGUUUUUUUUUUUUUAAAUAAAUUUGGGGGCUUCGCAGCAACAGUGGGUAAGUAUGAGGUAUUGGAUCUAGCCCGCGCAGUCUGCAGGAAAGGCAGAUUACAUUAGUCAAGUCAAGUCAAGUCAGCAGUAUUUAUAGAGCACUUUCAAACAGCCAUCGCUGCAUACAAAGUGCUGUACAUGGAGCGAUUUAACACACAAUAAACAGUAAGACGAAAUGGCUUGCCGAAUGUUCAGUGGGAGGUCAUUCCAGAGAGCGGGGCGAGCAACAGAAAAGGCUCGAUCCCCUCUGAGCCUCAGUUUAGUUCUUGGUACUUCUAACAAAGACUGGUCCACAGACCUGAGGCGCCGGGCAGGUGUGUAGGGGCGGAUGAGCUCAGAGAGGUAAGGUGGCGCGAGAUUAUUUAGAGAUUUGAAAACAAAGAGCAUUACAAAACAUUAGAGCAAAGAAUAUCUGUAGAAUGUUGCUGUUUGUUUACGGUAUGUUCAAAUCUCUGUAUUACAUAAACAUCCUCAAGAAUUGGUAGCAAACCAUAAAGAUCUACUUUUAAUCACUUUCUUGAUUUUUUUGGGGGGUGUGGGGGGCGGUGUGAAAAGUGAUGCAACCAAGUCGGUGUGCGGCUCCCUGCUCUCACGUUGCCUCAAAGGCUCCAAAGCACCGUGGGAGGUUUUUAGGCUGGUCAAAAUACCGGCAGAAGCCGGGCCGCUAAUACCCGAAGUGUACACGCACAGAUGGCGAGAGAGGAGCUUUGAGUGGGGUGAGGAUUUGCAUUAACAGGACUGAGAGAGCCGGCGGAAACGCCAGAUGAUUUUUCCAACCUUGACGACGGGCUGGUAAUGUCAAGAGAAAGCAAAGGGAUAUUGUCGGAUUAACAAAAACUCAGGAUGGGACAUUCCAACGUGCCGCUCACAUUUACGUACCAGUGUACCAACAGGGACAAACACAAGACCAGUCAUCUGCAACCUUACACGCCAAACGGUGAGUGUGGUCAAUGCUCCAUAACGUUUUGCAUUGUAAACGGGACUAAUAUCAAGGAGGUAAUUUCACAUAAAAGUUGCUCCCCUUUGUUUA